AUGCGCCUCCCGGUCCUUUUCGCCCUCCAGCUGGUCGCUUUGGCGGCGGCAGCAGCUUCGGCGGCCGAGGCCGCGGCGACGCUCUCUUCGAGGAUGGUGCACCGUCUGUCCGACGAGGCUCGGCUGGAGGCGGGCCCGCGUGCGGGGUGGUGGCCGCAGCGCGGAAGCGGGGAGUACUACCGCGCGCUGGUGAGGAGCGAUCUCCAGCGGCAGAAGCAGCGGCUCGCGGGCAAGUACCAGCUCCUCUCGCUCUCAAAGGGCGGCAGCACCUUCUCCCCCGGCAACGACUUAGGCUGGUUAUACUACGCUUGGGUGGAUGUUGGGACGCCUACUACCUCCUUUUUGGUUGCAUUGGAUACUGGAAGUGACCUGUUCUGGGUACCCUGUGACUGUAUCCAGUGUGCCCCUUUGUCUAGCUACCGUGGAAAUCUGGAUAGAGAUCUUGGAAUAUACAAGCCUGCUGAAUCAACGACAAGUCGGCAUCUUCCUUGCAGCCACGAGCUAUGCCAAUCAGGUUCAGGCUGCACAAACCCAAAGCAGCCUUGCCCAUACAAUAUUGACUACUUUUCAGAAAAUACUACCAGCUCUGGUUUGCUAAUUGAGGAUACACUACACUUGAACUCCAGGGAGGGCCAUGUACCAGUGAACGCUUCAGUUAUUAUUGGCUGUGGUCGAAAGCAAAGUGGUGACUAUCUGGAUGGUGUUGCACCGGAUGGACUCCUUGGCCUUGGAAUGGCAGAUAUUUCAGUUCCUAGUUUCCUUGCAAGAGCUGGACUAGUUCGGAAUUCCUUCUCGAUGUGCUUUAAGGAAGAUAGUUCUGGGAGAAUUUUCUUUGGAGAUCAAGGAGUGUCCUCUCAACAGUCUACACCGUUUGUUCCUCUGUAUGGCAAACUUCAAACCUAUGCUGUUAAUGUCGACAAAUCUUGUAUUGGACAUAAAUGUCUUGAGGGUACUAGCUUCCAGGCCUUAGUCGAUAGUGGAACAUCAUUUACUUCUCUUCCUCCAGACGUUUACAAGGCUUUCACAAUGGAGUUUGACAAACAAAUGAAUGCUUCAAGGGUGCCUUAUGAAGACAGUACCUGGAAAUAUUGCUACAGUGCUAGUCCUCUUGAGAUGCCUGAUGUGCCAACAAUAACCCUGGCAUUUGCUUCGAACAAGAGCUUCCAGGCUAUUAAUCCUAUCUUUCCAUUUAACGACAAACAGGGAGCGCUUGCCGGGUUCUGCUUAGCUGUGCUGCCAUCAGCAGAACCUAUUGGAAUUAUUGCCCAGAAUUUCCUGGUUGGAUACCAUGUUGUCUUCGACAGAGAAAGCAUGAAGUUGGGCUGGUACCGCUCUGAAUGCCGCGACGUUGACAACAGCACGACCGUGCCGUUGGGCCCAUCGCAGCACGACAGUCCAGAGGACCCGUUGCCGUCGAACGAGCAGCAGACUUCCCCGGCCGUGACGCCUUCAACGGCAGGCACGGCUCCUCCCUCCAGUGCAACGACGAAUCUACAGAUGCUCCUCGCUAGCUCUUACCCAUUGCUGUUACUGACAAUGUCCACUGUGUUCUUCAUCUCAUGA